GGCAGCAGGACGCUGGCAACAGGCGCGCUCCCUGCCUCCCUGCUCCGGGCCAGCCCGUGCGCUCCACCACCGCUAUGGUCGCCAUGCCCCCGGCCUGGUGCUCCGUUGCUCUAGCCCUGCUCGUGGCCCUACAUGAAGGCGAGGGCCAGGCCACUGCCACCCCAGAGCAGCCAGUGCCCUCGCCCCGUGCCCGAGGCUCCCACCUGCGACCUCGGCGUUGCUCCUGCAGCUCCUGGCUGGACAAGGAAUGCGUCUACUUCUGCCACCUGGACAUCAUCUGGGUGAACACUCCCGGACAGACAGCUCCUUACGGCCUGGGAAACCCGCCAAGACGUCGGCGCCGCUCCCUGCCAAGGCGCUGUGAAUGUUCCAGCGCCAGGGACCCCGCCUGUGCCACCUUCUGCCAUCGAAGGCCUUGGGCUGACGCUGUGGCAGUCCCAGGCAGUGACUCCCCUGAAGACACGUUCCAGGCUGGCAAGACAUGGACCACUGCAGGAGAGCUCCUCCAGCAGCUGAGGGGCAUUUCUGCAGCCAACAUCCGCUUUGCUAGGAGACAGCAGGAGGCAAUUAGAGCGCCCAGGCCUACACCCUCCAGGCGGAGGAAGAGAUAGCGCCGGGAGCUGGAGGAACACUGCGAAGGAAGCCUGCGUGGACACGGGAGGAGACUGGCGGCCCAGGGCUGGGAGACCCUCCACCUGUUUUCUAGGCCAGGAAACCCACCUGCUGGGAUUGGCACAGCUCCGGCCUCCUCGCCUGGGUGAGGGAAGCUCCCUCGAGGCAGCCCCAUGCCCUCACACUGCCCAGGAAAGCCUUCAGCCCCCAGGCUGUGGAGCGGCCCCCACGCUGGCCCGGGCCCCGCAGCCCUGCUGGAAGGAACUGCGUGGGGGCUGCAGUAACCUGGAGGCCACGUCCUCAGAGGCGUCCUGUCUGGUGGCUGCAAGCCAGGAGGGACGAACUGUGGUGGCAACUCACACCUAAGCCAGGCCUGGAGACCGGACAGGGCGGCCCAAGGGCCGGCGUCCUGGCUGGUCCCCAUCUGUCCCCUCUGGCUCUCCCUUCCCAGAGUCCUUGUCCCCUCAUACCCUGGGACGCUCCCGGUGAGGAGGGCCUGCUCUGCUUUACCUGUCUGUAUAUAACUUAUUUGCUCUGGGAAAUUUGAGAAUUCCAAUUAUUUAUUUUAAUGUAUUUUUUUAGACUCUCAAUUAUUUACCUGCAAACCUGUGUUUGUAAUAAACAAUGA